AUGAGAACGAGGGUGAAUGAUGGCGGAGUCCAGGUGUUUGUUGUUUGUUUGUUGGGGGUGUGGGUUGCAUGUUGGUUGUGUGUUUUUUGUGUGUGUUGUUUGGUGUGUGUGGUGGGUGGUUGUUUGUUGUUGUUGGUUGGUGUGGAGUUUGUGUGUGUUGAUUUUUGGGGGGUGUGGGGGGUUUUUUGGUUGUUUGUUUGUUUGUGUUGUUGUGGUGGUGGUUGGUUGUGGUGUUGUGUGUUGUGGUGGUGUGUUUUUUUUGUGUUGUUGUUGGUGGUGUUGUUGUUUGUGUUUUGUUUGUGGGAGCGUUCCUAA